CGGAACCAGCUGGCCGAGCCGAGGUCUGCGAUUGGUUAUGAGUGCUGGGCCAAUUGGAGGAGUCGGUGUUAGGAGGCCCAGGAGACCCGGUCCGGGAGGGAGGAAGGUGGCAAGAUGGUGUUGGAAAGCACUAUGGUUUGCGUGGACAACAGCGAGUAUAUGCGGAAUGGGGACUUCUUACCUACCCGGCUGCAGGCCCAACAGGACGCUGUCAACAUAGUCUGUCACUCCAAGACCCGUAGCAACCCUGAGAACAACGUGGGCCUCAUCACACUGGCCAAUGACUGUGAAGUACUGACCACACUCACCCCUGACACCGGCCGCAUCCUGUCCAAGCUUCAUACUGUCCAGCCCAAGGGCAAGAUCACCUUCUGCACUGGCAUCCGAGUGGCCCAUUUGGCUUUGAAGCACCGACAGGGCAAGAAUCACAAGAUGCGCAUCAUUGCCUUUGUGGGGAGCCCCGUGGAGGACAACGAGAAGGAUCUGGUGAAACUGGCGAAACGCCUCAAGAAGGAGAAAGUAAAUGUUGACAUUAUCAAUUUUGGGGAAGAGGAAGUGAACACGGAAAAGCUGACAGCCUUUGUGAACACGUUGAAUGGCAAAGAUGGAACUGGAUCCCAUCUGGUGACAGUGCCUCCUGGGCCCAGCCUCGCCGAUGCCCUCAUCAGUUCUCCGAUUCUGGCUGGUGAAGGCGGUGCCAUGCUGGGUCUUGGUGCCAGUGACUUUGAAUUUGGAGUGGAUCCCAGUGCUGAUCCUGAGCUGGCCCUGGCCCUUCGAGUUUCUAUGGAAGAGCAGCGGCAGCGGCAGGAGGAGGAGGCCCGUCGGGCAGCCGCAGCCUCCGCUGCUGAGGCUGGGAUUGCUUCGACUGGGACUGAAGGUGAAAGAGACUCGGACGACGCCCUGCUGAAAAUGACCAUCGGCCAGCAGGAGUUCAGCCGCACCGGGCUCCCUGACCUAAGCAGCAUGACUGAGGAAGAGCAGAUCGCUUAUGCCAUGCAGAUGUCCCUGCAGGGCGCAGAGUUUGGCCAGGCAGAAUCAUCUGACAUUGAUGCCAGUUCAGCCAUGGACACCUCUGAGCCCGCCAAGAAGCUCCUUGCCUCCUGAAGUCAGUUACCGCUACUUCAUGAGGUGUGACAGGAUGUGGAAAGAAAAUUUUUCUGUUUUGGAGUCAGAGCUGAGUCCUCAGGAGAAAAGAACAUGUAGGCUACCCCCCCACACCCCAUCGUAAGGAAAGACUUUACUAGACAGACAAAAGGGCAUAAAUCUCCAAUAAUGAAGGUUCCUAUCAUCGUUGGCAGCCCAUAUAAGUUGGCAAGUUUACCGGGGAUAGAGCCCACGACCUGGGCAUGCCCCCUGCCCGGAACUGAACCAAAUGCCUCCUGUGCACGGGAGGACUUCCAUCCGCUGGGCAGCACGGCCGGCACAGAACCGCCUGUAAGGACCCCGCCCAGGCUGCCCGCGGCUGCGUGCGCACCGUCUGCGAGGCUCACCAGCCAGCUCGUGUGCGCGAGGUGGCACUCGGCUAGCAGACGAAUUCUGAGUGAGUGCGGAUUACAAUGUCAAGGCAACUCUUUUUCCAACCACCUCUCCCCCUGCUCCCGCCUCUAGGGGGCGGGGCAACAAAGCGCGGGAAAAUCGGCCUGGACUCCACCCUCAUCCUUGCUGGGGGCAGGGAAAAAGAGAUCUUAAAUGGGAAAUGGGUCUAUCUAUAUCUAUAUGUAUGUAUACACACACACGCACACACACACACACAUAAAUAUGUAAUUCAG